AUGAAGGCUCCUCGUUUGGUUCUUCUCUUCCUCCUUGCUAUAGUGGCCAGGAAUAAUGCCAUCAUUCUUGACAAAUGUGACUUGACAGCCAUCCUGUGGAAUGUAGGCUUGGAAGGGUUUGAAGGGACCACAAUAGCAGACUGGAUCUGUUUGGUGUUUCACACGAGUGGCUUUGACACAGCUGUCUAUAAUGUGGGCCCAAGGGCCACCAACCAUGGCAUCUUCUUACUCAGUUCAAGAUGGUGGUGUAAUGAUUCCAAGACCCCAUAUCCACGCAACUACUGCAACAUCAGUUGUGAAGCUCUCCAAGAUGAUAGCAUUGCUGAUGACAUCACCUGCGCUAAGAAAGUUGUAGAACAAAGCAAAGGCUUCAAAGCAUGCUGCUCUUAA